AUGAUUGCUGCCACUUCAGUGUACGAGGUGGUUGCCAUCACUGGUGAUGAGAGAGGAGCAGGCACUGAUGCCAAUGUGUUUAUUACUCUUUUUGGAGAGUAUGGCAUCACACCCAAAGUCCACCUGGCUAGCAAGAGUUGCACAGCAUUCGAAAGGGCCAAAACAGAUGUGUUCAGAAUUAGAACUCACAAUGUUGGAUCCUUGAAAAAGAUACGGAUUGAGCAUGACAACACUGGCCUUAAUCCCAGCUGGUUCUUGGACAGAGUCGUGGUAACGGAUGUGAUUCGACCUCAUCUGAGGUUCUAUUUUGCUUGUAAUAACUGGCUCAGUAAGAUAGAAGGAGAUGGCCUUUAUAUCAGAGACCUGCUGGGCAGCAUAGACCCCAUGGACAUACCCAAAUAUAAUAAAUUUGUUGUGAGUGUUUUCACUGCAGAUGUAAAAGGCAGUGGCACAGAUGCAGAUGUCUUUAUUAACAUCUUUGGGGAGUUUGGAGAUACAGGGGAGAGGCGACUUGACAACGACAAAAAUAACUUUGAAAAGGGCACAGAGGACAAAUUCACCAUCGAUGCACCGAACUUGGGCAAAAUUAGAAAGAUCACCAUUGGACAUAAUAACAAAGGCUCCUCAGCAGGAUGGUUUGUGGAGAAGGUGAUAGUAGAUGAUCUUGGAAACAAACUAGUGUAUGAAUUCCCCAUCAGCCGCUGGUUUGCCAUCGAUGAGGAUGAUGGGAAGAUCCAGAGGGACGUUUUGGUUGGAGGGAGUCAGCCCACAGGUAUUGUGUACAAUGUCCAGAUUGUGACAGGAAACAUCCGGGGUGCCGGGACCAACUCCAAAAUCCACAUUGUGAUGCACGGCACGAAAGGCUUGAAGAACAGUGGGAAGGUCUUUUUGGAAGGAGGAAAGUUUGAACGGGACUUAACAGACAUCUUUAAUGUCGAGCUUGCUGCACUCCUCAGUCCCCUGAGCAGAGUCACCAUUGGACACGACAACAGAGGGAUUAGUACUGGGUGGUACUGCGAGAAGGUUGUGGUUUACUGCCCAUUCACUGGAAUAGAGCAGACUUUCCCAUGCAGUAAAUGGCUGGAUGAAAAGGAAGGAGAUGGGUUGAUAGAGAGAGAGCUCUACGAGAUGGUCUCACUCAGGCAGAAGAGACAGAAAAAGCAUCCCUGGUCGCUGUGGAUCUGGACGUCGGACCUGCCCAGCGCAGGAACCGAUGCUGAUAUCUCGUUCCAGGUGUACGGAGAAAAGGGCAAGUCAGACGAAAUCAGCCUGGACAACAAAACAGACAAUUUUGAACAAGGACAAGUUGACAGAUUUAUGGUUGAACUUCCUGAUUUGGGAAAACUGACCAAACUCCGUAUCUGGCAUGAAAAGAGGAAUCCUUUUGGAGGAUGGCAUUUAAGCAAGGCAACAUUAAUGAAAACAUUAACGAAGGAGAAGUAUACAUUUCCUUGUGAGCGGUGGCUGGAUACUAAUGAAGAUGAUAAUGAGGUUGUGAGAGAGCUUCCCGCCACCGGAGAGCUUAUUGCUGAGCCUCUGCCCUUGAUUAAAUACAGAGUAACUGUCUGCACGGGGACGGUGGGUGGUAGCGGCACAGAUGCAUCUGUUUUUCUAAAUCUAAUUGGAGACCAAGGGGACACCGGCGAUAGGGACCUGAUCAACUGCAAAAACAACGUCAACAAGUUUGAGAAAGGAAGUUUGGAUGAGUUUCUAAUUGAGGCGGUGGCCAUUGGGCAGAUCCGCAGGGUGAGAAUUGGACAUGAUGGCAAAGGUGGAGGCUCUGCCUGGUUUCUUGACAAAGUGGUUGUAAGAGAGGAAGGACAAGCUGAGGCAAAUGCCGUGGAGUUCCCCUGCAACAGAUGGCUGGCUCGCAACGAGGAUGAUGGACAGAUUGUCAGAGAAUUAGUUCCGUUUGGAGAAGGACAGCGUCUUUACAAUACCAACUAUCACAUCGCUGUGAAGACAGGUGACAUCCCCGGAGGUAGCUCUGACUCUGAUGUGUUCGUGAAGCUCUAUGGAGAGAAAGGUGACACCAGUAAGAUGAUGCUGGUGGUCUCUGCCAACGACCUGGGGAACUACUUUGAAACAGGCCGCGUUGACAUCUUCACAGUGGAAACCUUUGACAUUGGACAGAUCAACCGUCUGUUGAUCGGCCACACUAACAAAGGCAUGCGUGCGGGCUGGUUCUUGGACAGUGUUCAAAUUUUGGUUCCAGUCCAUGGAAAGAAUUACAUGUUCCCCAGCCACCGCUGGCUGGACGAAGAUGAGGCCGAUGGCAAAACAACGGUGGAGCUCUACCCAAGCGAGAUCCUGGAUGUAGAACAAUUAAUAAACUAUGAGAUAACAGUCAUGACCGGAGAUGUGGUGUUUGCUGGCACAAAUGCUGUAGUCUUCAUCCAAAUCUUCGGGGACAAGGGGAAGACGGAGGUUAUCACACUCGAAAGCAGAUCCAACAACUUUGAACGGAAUACCACAGAAAUAUUUAAGAUAGAGGCCAAAGAUGUCGGAAAGAUCUUUAAGAUACGCAUCGGUCACAGUGGCGCCGGCAUUGGAUCUGGCUGGUUCCUGGAGACAGUGGACGUGAAACAUCUCAUCAUGGCCUUGAUGCAAGAAGUGGUGCUGACAUAUCAUUUUCCCUGUUCACGCUGGUUGGCUGGGGGAGAGGAGGACGGCGAGCUGGUGGUGGAGCUGCUGCCUGAAGAUGCAGAAGAGAUGGAAGUCAACACCUACGAAGUGUGUGUCUUCACUGGUGACAUGAUGGGAGCCGGGACCGACGCCAAUGUCUACAUUAAUAUUUAUGGAGAGAACGGAGACACUGGAGAGCGCUGCCUGAAGAAUUCUGACAACAUCAAUAAAUUUGAGCGAGGGCAGGAGGAUGUUUUCAUCGUGACAGCCGUUGAUUUGGGCCCUUUGAAGAAGCUACGAAUCCGUCAUGACAACUCUGAGUCUUACUCCUCUUGGUACCUGGAUCGUGUUGAAAUAGUGGACACAAAAGAGGAUACAACAUACUACUUCCCUUGUAACCGCUGGCUUGCAGUUGAUGAAGACGACGGGCAGAUAGCGAGAGAGCUGGUUCCCGUGGAUGAGGCCUUCAUGAGGAAGGAUGAUGAUGAUGAGGGCACGAGUGGCACUCUGGGCCUGGAGCAGAAAUCUAUGUCUACUACAUAUACUCUUAAGAUAAAAACUGGAGAAAAGAAGUAUGCUGGAACUGAUUCCAAUGUCUUCGCCAUCCUCUUUGGUGAAAAUGAUGACACAGGGAUCAUCAAUCUAAAGGCUUGUAAAAACUACAAGAAUAAGUUUGAACAGGGGAUGAUCAAUGAGUUCACUGUGGAGGCCGUGGAUCUGGGCGACCUGGUAAAAGUUCGAAUCGGGCACGAGGACUCAGGGGGUUCACCUGGUUGGUUCUUGGACUGGAUCGACAUUGAUGCCCCUUCACAGGGUCAGAGGAUGCGCUUCCCAUGUGGCCGUUGGCUGGAUAAAGGGGAGGAUGAUGGUGCAACUGUGAGGGAUCUCUAUCCAGCUGACUUACAGACUGAAUUCUACACACCAUUUGUGCCUUAUGAGAUAAAGAUAUACACCACUGAUGUAUUUGGAGCGGGAACAGAUGCUGACGUGUUUAUAGUCUUGUAUGGCCAUAAGGGGGUGUGCACUCAGCAGAAGCACCUGUGUGUCAACAAGAGAGAGCGACGCUUGUGCUUUGAGAGGGGAGCUGAAGACAUGUUUAUUGUGGAGCUGGAGGACAUUGGUGAUGUUAUAGAGAAAAUCAGGAUAGGACAUGACAACAGCGGCACCAAUCCUGGAUGGCAUCUUGACAGAGUGGAGAUCAGGCGACAGCUCAGGAAAGGAAAGGGUUCUGAGACGACUAUAUUCCCUUGCGAGCGCUGGCUAGCCAAGUCUGAAGAUGAUGGUGAGACGGUGAGGGAGCUUGUCCCCUCAGACAUCAUCACUCAGAAACUCCUCAGGGAUGGGACACUGAAAACAACUGAAACUGAGGUUGAAGAUGCUUUGGAAACUCACACAUACACGGUGUCUGUGCGGACAGGCGAUAUGUACGGAGCGGGAACCGAUGCCAACGUUUUCCUCACCAUUUAUGGAGAUUUGGGAGACACAGGAGAGCGGAAACUCGCCAAAUCUGAGAAUAACAAGAACAAGUUUGAGAGAGGAGAGGUGGAUAAGUUCAAUAUUGAAGCCGUGGAUUUGGGGCAGGUGUUUAAGAUUCGUGUUCGUCAUAACAACUCUAUGGUUGGGGCUGAUUGGUACCUGGACCAGGUGGAGGUGCUGGAUGUGGAAACAGAAGAGGUAUACAUGUUCCUGUGUGAGCGCUGGCUAUCAACGAAGAAAGAGGACAAACGAAUAGACAGGACCUUCUACGUCAAGGGGUAUGAGGGUGAAAGAAGCUCUGAUCCAUAUUCCAAAAUGAUUGCUCAGGCCAAACUGGGACUGGACAAGAAUGCCAACAAGAAGAAAAAGAAGAAAAAGGCAGUAGUAGUUGAAGGGGGUCCAAUCAUCCCUUACCACUUCACCCUGUCCACGGCGAUCGAACAUGAUGCCAGCACCACAGCGAGGGUUUAUGUCAUCAUCAUUGGUCCCAAUGACGUCGAGACAGACCGGCUGUGGCUGGACCUGCCAGAGGGAAAGAAAUCCUUCACAGCUGGCUCCAUGGAGCACUUUGUGUGCUAUGGAACUGACGUAGGAGAGAUCAAGAGGGUGGAACUUGGCCAUAACGGUGUCACACCAGAGAGCUGCUGGUUGGUGGAUGAGCUGUCGGUUGCCGUGCCAACCAAAGGUAUCAAGUACAUCUUUCCAUGUAAGUGCUGGCUGGCUAAAGACAGGGGAGAUGGUCUGACUGCCAGACUGUUCAAUGUGCUGGACUCCAGCACGAUCAACAUUAUCCGCAAAGUUGUUUAUUCAGUCACGGUUGCCACAGGUGACAUUCAGUAUGCAGGAACUGAUACCAACAUUUUCCUGACCGUGUUCGGAGCCAAUGGGAGCACAGAGGAAAUGCUUCUGCCCAAAAAUGAGGAUAGGUUUGAAAGAGGGCAAGAAGACACAUUUACCUUGGAGAUAGAUGACAUCGCUCCUUUGAAGAAGAUCAGAAUUCGAAUAGAUGGCACCGGAAGCCGCCCAGACUGGUUUCUUGACAGGAUCCUGAUGAGAAACCUGACCACAGAGGAAGAGUACCUGUUCACCUACGAGAACUGGCUGUCCAAGACCAAAGGGCCCAAGAGGACAAAGGUGUGUGAGCUGGCGGCUAUGGUGGAUGACGAGGAGAUGGUAGAAAAAACAACUUACAUCAUCCAAGUCCAGACUAGUGACGCUGCAGGUGCUGGCACUGAUGCCAACGUGUUUCUGAUUAUGUUUGGGGAGUAUGGAGAUACAGGGAUGCUGCCUCUGAAAGAGAGCACCAACAGAAACAAGUUUGAGCGAAAAAUGAAGGACGUGUUCAGAUUUCCUGAUAUGCUCAGUCUGGGCGAACUGUCAAAAGUCAGAGUGUGGCAUGACAACAAAGGCCCUGCUCCUGGAUGGCACCUGGAGUACCUUGAUGUGAAAGAUGAGACCCUGGACAACACCUUCAGGUUCCCCUGUGACCGCUGGUUGGCAAAAAACGAAGAUGACGGGCAGAUUAUGAGGGAACUGGCUUGUGCCAACAAUGAUUCUGUAGACCUCAGUGACAAAACAAAAUAUGAAAUUGCCACAACAACUGCUAACGCAGAUGACGCCUCCACAACGGAAAAUGUCUGGAUCCUGCUGGAAGGAAGGAAAGCCCGUUCCAAGGAGUUUGUUCUGGAGAAUAAGAAAAAGAAGUUCUUAAGGUAGGUCUUCAGAGACGGUGCCACUGACACGUUUGAGUUCUCGUCGAAGCACGUGGGGGAAAUCGCUAGCAUCUGCGUUGGCCACAUCACAAAAGACGGCAAGAAGGUGAAGAAUGAGGCUUUCUGGCAUGUUAUGGAGGUGGUGGUGACAGAAAAGGAGCUGGGAAACAAGUAUUUCUUCCACUGUGAUGCACAAAUUCCCCUGGCAGCCAAAAAAGACCAGUUCCAGACAUUCGAGUGCUAUAAAUCCAUCGAGAGCUUUGCAAGCAAAGUCCGCAACCUGGUCCCUGUCAAGUAUGAAAUCAUCGUCAUCACCGGGGACGUCAAAGCGGGCGGCACAGAUGCAAAUGUUUUUAUCACCAUGUAUGGCGUCAAUGGUGACUCAGGCAAGCGUCACCUACGGCAGAAGUUUCGCAACCUUUUCGAGCGAGGGCGGACAGACCGCUUCGUUCUGGAGAUGCUGGACCUUGGGGAAUUGCUGAGGGUCAAAGUGGAACAUGACGGCACCAGCCCCAACAGUGGGUGGUAUCUAGAGUGUAUUGAGGUGACCAACACAGCCAAUUCAGUCACAACAAUCUUCCAAUGUGGAAAGUGGUUGCACACUGCUAAAGCUGAUGGACAAAUUCAGCGAGUGCUCAAUCCCAGAUAUUAGAAUAAUGCUAGAAAGAAAGAGUGGGUGAGCAUUUGCUUUUUCCUGUUUGACCCAUUUGUUUUGUUGGGUUUUUUUACCAAUUGUAAGAGAAACAUUGCACGGAAAAGUUAGCGUUAAUCCAUCUGAAUAUAAAUGUAUUUCAACUUUUUCAGGAUAAA